CCAAUAUUUGUUCAGUGAUUUCCCCAAUGAGAACGGCCUUGGCGUUUCUUUCAUCCCACCUCUCGAGCGUAUGCUCUCUUCCGCUUCUUUUCCUCUAACUCACUAUUCCCUUCUCUGUCUCUCAAAAUAACUCUUACAUAUAAAUAUAUAUACCAUCUUUUCUAGGCAUCACUAUAUUCACUCUUCAUGCAAUGGCUAUUGACUUCAUCUCCAACAUAGCAUCCAUGCCUUCCCAUCAGAAAGACGAAGGAAAAGAUGAGCCGAAAAAGCUGGUUUUCGACGCGUCGGUCCUUCGGUUCAAAUCCCAAAUUCCGAAAGAAUUUAUAUGGCCUGAUGAUGAAAAGCCUAGUUCAAAUCCACCAGAACUCAAAGUACCCCUCAUUGAUCUAGGAGGCUUCCUCUCUGGUGACCCUGUUGCUACAAUGGAAGCUUCGAGGCUUAUCAGCGAGGCAUGUCGGCAGCAUGGUUUCUUCCUCGUUGUUAAUCACGGAGUCGAUUCGAAACUCUUGGCCGAUGCUCAUAGCUACAUGGAUAACUUCUUCGAAUUGCCACUAUCCGAAAAGCAAAGGGCUCAAAGAAAAUUCGGUGAGGAGUGUGGAUAUGCUAGUAGCUUCACAGGCAGAUUCUCCACCAAGUUGCCAUGGAAGGAAACUCUUUCUCUUCGCUAUUCGGCUAAGAAUAACUCAUCCAAGAUAGUGGAAAACUACCUUGUUAAUAAAAUGGGAGAUGACUUCCGGCAAUUCGGGAGGGCUUACCAGGCCUAUUGCGAGGCGAUGAGCAAGCUUUCGUUGGGGAUAAUGGAGAUUUUAGCCAUUAGUCUGGGCGUAAAAAGGGCACAUUUCAGGGAAUUCUUUGAGAAAAACGAUUCAAUAAUGAGGCUAAACUACUACCCCCCAUGUCAAAAACCAGACCUCACUUUAGGAACAGGGCCUCAUUGUGAUCCAACGUCGUUAACCAUCCUUCACCAAGACAGAGUUAGUGGCCUUCAAGUGUUUGUAGACAACGAAUGGCGUUCAAUCAGCCCGAAAUUCGAAGCAUUUGUCGUUAACAUUGGCGACACCUUUAUGGCACUGUCGAACGGGAGAUACAAAAGUUGCUUGCACCGGGCGGUGGUGAACAGCCAGAAGACAAGAAAAUCUCUCGCUUUCUUUUUGUGUCCAGCGGGGGAUAAAGUGAUAACCCCACCAGCCGAGUUGGUGAACCAAAACAGUCCCCGAGUGUACCCAGAUUUUACAUGGCCUAUGCUGCAUGAAUUCGUACAGAAACAUUACAGAGCCGAUAUGAACACUCUCCAAGUAUUCUCCAACUGGGUUCAACACAGACACAGCUGAACCCUUCUUGUGUCAAAAUACAAACUCAUGGCAUUGAAUUGAAGAGAUGGGAUGGAUUUUUUGGUAGUGAUGGACACAAGGCAGGACAAGAGAUG